CAAACAAUUUCCUCUCUUAUCAAUUAGGAGUAACAUCUUCAUCUUCUCCUCUCAUUUCUUUAUACUAGACUUUUCAACUAACAUUAUUUCACUUUCUCUCUCCUCUGUUUUUUCCUCUCACUUUUAAGUUUCGCUUUGAUUUUCUUCCAGUUGCUUAAAGAGUAAUGAGUCGCCCACAAGAACCACACAGGCCAUUCUUCCCACAUGGAAACCCUUUUCGGAUGAUACUUCCGAAGAGCUCUUAUCUUUCCCCUAAGGUACAGGCGCUUCUGAAUAAGUUCGAGGAUACCUUGGCAGGAAGACUCAGAAGACUUGUUCCAAAGCACAAAGACGAGAUCUUCAGCUUUUCUUGGAUGAUAUUAGCCAUACAGUCGCUCUCUGAGACGCAUAAUGAUAUCAAAUCUCUGAUAACUGAUCUUGAACUUCCUGUUGUCGAUUGGGAUGAUAAAUGGAUAGAUGUCUAUUUGGACAACAGUGUGAAGUUGCUGGAUAUUUGUAUUGCCCUCUGCUCUGAGCUGUCACGACUUAGCCAAGGGCAGCUCCUGCUCCAUUGCCUGCAGCGUAAUUUGGACCAAAACAGUUCAUGUGAGAUUUCGAAAGCAAAAUCUUCAAUUGAUAGUUGGAGAAAUCACAUUGGUACUAAGAACCCUAGAAUUGAAAAUUGUUUCCCUAUCAUUGAUAAGUUGAUGGAAUCAUUAGAGCUGCCCAAGGUUAAGAACUCAGCCAAAGGAAAGGCUUUGAUGCGUGCUAUGUAUGGAGUCAAGGUGCACACUUUGUUUGUCUGCGGUGCAUUUAUCUCUGCUUUCACAGGCUCUGAUAAAAAAUUAGUAGACUUGCAAGUUGCUGGUACACACAUGUGGGCAGAAGCAUAUAAUGAUCUCCAGAUGUUUGUGUACAGGGAGAUUAGAAAUUUAGUUUCAAGUGGUAGGAAUGUUCUUUUGAAAGAGUUGGAAGCAGUUGAUACAAUUGUUGGGGAAAUUUAUCCCAUGAUUCAAGAAGGUACAAAGCCUUUGAAAAUUGAAUUGUUUCAGAAUUCUGUUGUGGAAUUAGGGACAAGAGCGGACAAACUUUCAUCAGGAUUAGAUCUUUUGGCGAAGGAAGUGGAUGGGUUUUUUCAAAUAGUGUUGAGUGGACGUGAUGCUUUGCUUGGUAACCUUCGAGUGUCUAGCAGCGUCUUUGAUUCUCCAAAAAAGUUGAAGGAGGAACAACUUGUGAGAUGAUUACUAGACAUGCCAAGGUCGUACAUAAACAGUCUAGGUAUGGUUUUUAUAACUGUGUUGUGGGGAAAUGUAUGAGAUGUUCUCAAGCAUAUUAUUAUGCAUAUCUUGUAACUUGUAAUAUGUUUGUUCUGAAUGAGCGACUAAGCUUUGUACCUAUGUACUAUAUUAUGAUAAUGAUAUAUAAAAGGAUAUUUGCUGUGUGGAA